UUACCAAUCUGUGACAUCUCUUUCAUUACACGAAUUCACUACAAAGCAAGUUGCAGUGAUAAAUGGGGUGAGCAUGAAAUUGAUCACGUUCUGUUUGCACGUAAGGAUGUGGAUUUAAACGUCAACCCAAAUGAGGUUUCAGAGGUACGCUAUGUUUCUAAAGAUGGAAUGAAAGAUUUCACUAAAGAAUGUGAGAAUGCUGGGGUACCUUUAACGCCAUGGUUUAAACUUAUUCUCCACUCCCAUUUGUUUAAAUGGUGGGAUAAUAUUGAAAACUUGAAAGCUGUAAAAGAUCAAAAUGAUAUUGUAAGAUGUACCUAAUACUCACGUAAUUUCAUUAGCCAUAAAAGUG